GAAGCUUGGCCUGGAGAGAAGGGCAAGGAAGGUGGAGAAGGAGUCAGAGAGGCAAUGUAGGAAGCAGUGUAGCCAAACAGUAGUGGGGCAGAUAGUGCAGACCUUAGCUGCUAUUGUAGGGUCCCUGGUCUGGAACCUGGAGAAGAGGGGGGUCUGGGUUCUUCUAUCAGCUAUGGGGGAAGUAGCAACACUGAGGGGCAGUGAACUGGAAGACUGGCUGGGAUGGCUGGUACAGAGAGAUGUCAGUCCAUCCAUCCCAGCAGGGGACAAUUACAAACACCUGGCUCAAGGCCACAAGCCAUGAUGAGAGAACCAGUGUGUCCUGAGAGUGACAAAGUGAGCACCUGCAGGAAAGGGUGUCAGAAUGGCAGCUCUAAUCCCCCAUCACAGACGGAAGGAUGUGCUCCAGUGAUGCUUUCUUGUCCCCCCAGAGACAGUUGCUGCUUUACCCCCAGACCUGUCUGACUUUAGUGGAGAGAUCAUGACUGAAGUCCUCUUUUCAGCUGUUUUGAAUGGGACUGAAACCAACAUUCUGUCAAACACUGGCUGGACUCUAGGAAAUGCCACUACCAAAUGUUCCCUAACAAAAACCGGCUUCCAGUUCUAUUACCUGCCCACUGUCUACAUUCUAGUCUUUAUCUCUGGAUUCCUGGGCAAUAGUGUGGCGAUCUGGAUGUUUGUCUUCCACAUGAGGCCUUGGAGUGGCAUCUCAGUUUACAUGUUUAAUCUGGCAUUAGCUGAUUUCUUGUAUGUCUUGACACUCCCUGCCCUCAUCUUUUAUUACUUCAAUAAAACUGACUGGAUCUUUGGAGAUAUCAUGUGCAAACUGCAACGGUUCAUCUUCCAUGUGAACCUGUAUGGCAGCAUUUUGUUUCUGACUUGCAUCAGUGUGCACAGAUACACAGGGGUAGUGUAUCCUUUGAAAUCACUUGGGAGGCUGAAGAAAAAGAAUGCUGUUUACAUCAGUACCUUUGUUUGGAUCAUUGUUGUAGCUGGGAUUUCUCCUAUAUUGUUCUACUCUGGAACUGGGCUAAGGAAAAAUAAAACCAUUACCUGUUAUGAUACUACAACUGAUGAUUAUCUGAGAAGUUACUUCAUUUACAGCAUGUGUACCACUGUGUUUAUAUUCUGCAUCCCAUUCAUAUUGAUUCUUGGUUGUUACGGACUAAUAGUGAAAGCUUUGAUUUACAAGGAUUUGGACAAUUCUCCUCUUAGGAGAAAAUCAAUUUACCUGGUUAUUAUUGUGUUGAUGGUCUUUGCCGUGUCUUAUCUUCCCUUUCAUGUGAUGAAGACAUUGAAUCUAAGAGCCAGACUGGAUUUUCAGACUCCACAAAUGUGUGCCUUCAAUGACAAAGUAUAUGCUACUUACCAAGUGACAAGGGGGUUAGCUAGUCUCAACAGCUGUGUAGAUCCUAUUCUGUAUUUUUUGGCAGGUGAUACCUUUCGAAGUAGACUUUCAAGGGCAACCAGAAAAGUGUCUAGAAGAAGUGAGCUCAAUGUGCAAUCAAAAAGCGAGGAAGUGACUCUCAAUAUUUUAGCAGAAUAUAAAGUGAAUGGAGACACGAGUAUGUGAAUGGAAAAGAUUUGCAAGCAGUUGCAAAAAACAAAACAAAACUUUCCGUUUUUAACACACUUAGAUGCUCUAGUGCCAUGACUGUUUGGGGAAAAUCUACUGAACUGGCCAGCAAGCUUGCUCUUUUUGUGUUGGGGGUGUCUCAUUUUGUGAAUUUAAGGAGAACUUAAGCAAAGUAAGUGUAAAAAAAAUUUAAUCUUAAUGGGGGGGAAAAUGCAUCAGAUUUCUGUUUUUACCUUUUUUUAAAAAAAAAUGCUCACAAUAGUAUAUCUUCCUGAUUGGUGUCAAAUAAAAUAAGACAAAACAAAUCCCAUAGAGGAAAAAAUAGUUUCAAAUGUGCUGUUGUUAUUAAUUCUUUUCUCUCCAUUAAUAAUAACAGAUUUUAAAAAAAUUAAAUAUCCAAGAAAAAUAAACUUCUUUUCUGGGCCUCUGUCCAUACUUCCAUCCAUAGCCUCUUCUUUUACACUUACACUGUAAAAAAUUGUUUACAUUAAGAUCAUGAUGCAGCAAUCUUGAACAUUAUCUUGUGAUUUCUGUAUCUUCUACUUUUGGAGCAAAUGAUAAUAUUUUGGUAGCUCAGUGGUGCCCUUUCUGGUUCUAUCUUUUCUGAAGACUUGAUUCCUAUAAGGAUAAGUUCCAGGCCCAUGUGUAUUAUGACCCUCACAAAUUAUUGUGAUUGUACGUGAAAACUAAGGGUGAAAUUUUGGCAAUGUUGAAGUCAAUGCUAUUGAUUUUAGAGGGGCCAGAAUUUCACCCGGAUGUUUGCACAGAGACUGUCUAUUUUGCUUUUUGUGCAAGCAGCUACCUAUGCACGCACAAUCGCAGUACAUUUUGAGUGUAGAUAUCACCUACAAAUCUGAGUACAAAAAUUGGCACUGUAUAUCUAAAUAGCCAAUAUUUUAGUCGUUGCUGAAGUAAAACACUCAUUGUCUUCAGUGGAAAGAACCAAAUAAUGGACCUGAAUAAGGACUGCAGGAAUGGGCUCUGCUUGGGCAAAUGGCAGGACCAAAUUUAUAGAUUUGGAAGAGGCUUGCUCUUUAGAGUUACAAAUUUUGGCCAAUACUUCACUGCUGCUCUGACACUCAGCAUCUGAUGCUGGAAGUUUGUGUGAAUUCUCUUAUGGGUAACAAACUCUAUUAUUGAAAACACUUCAAUUUUUAUCCACAUAAUUCAAAUAUCUCUGGCUUUUAUCUUAACCUUCAUUUGGUACAAGCAUUUUUCACUUUCUUAUCUUGUGUGAUAACACAAGUUGUUUCCCAGGCAAAUUCUUAUCAAAAUGGGUUAAAGAACAAUAUUUGUUGGAAUCAGAAAAAAAAAAAAAGAUAAACUUCAUUUUUUUUUUACUGUGAAUAAAGAAUUACUGUAUCAACAAAAUGUUGCAAUACACUGCCAAUAAUUUCAUGCUGGGGAGUGGAUACCUUCAUAAUUUGUCUCACGCAAAUGUGUAAAAUGGUCACCUAAAAUUGGGCAGAAUAAUACAUUGUGUAAUGCAUCAGUCAGUGAGGAGUUGAGCACAGACAGAAUCUGUGGGGAACAGAACCUUAUUUAUUUCACAUAGAUAUUGUUUGAAAUGUGUCUGAAAGUAUUAUUGAAUCUGGUGCACAAAAUGGUGUGAUAUGUAAUCAGUAAAUGGUUUUAACAAAUCCUCAGCUCCCACAAACUUUAUACUAGGAAUAAAAAUAAACUAUUUCUAUCUUGCUUAUUAAUUUCCAAGGACUGACUACAUGCAGAAAAUGAAUAGCUCUAGAUAUCUCUUGACUAAAUUGUUAAGCAGCUUACAUUCAGAAAUAUAAAACUACUUAACCUGCAAAAACUAUUUAUUUAACUUAUUUAUUGGAAGACUAAGUACAAAUGUGAAGUGUUGUUUAAUAACAUUUUAAAUGAUUCUGUUUUUCAUAUUUUCAUAAUUGAGCAUUAAUGGAAAAAAUUGAAUGGCAUGGUUGAAUUGUUGUAAUUGUACUCUAAUGGAACAUCUUUUAUAAUAAACUCUCAGAUCCAGCGCUGCAAGACAUUUUGGACUACCAUUUGCUGUUGAUGUGCAGUCUACACCUAAAUUAAGCUACUGUUUAGCAAGCAUAAUAUUUUACAGUAAUGCUAAAAAUCUCAUUUAAUCCUAUAAAUCCAAGAAAAUGUAGAGCAAAUGCAAAAAAUCAAGGCUAAUGUUCCUCUUUGUGACAAAACUUUUGUUGAAUGUACAGACCUUGGUUCUCAUUUAUAAGGCCAAGUCUACCUUAGAGACCUUACAGUGGCACAGCUAUGCCGCUGUAGCUGAGCUGCUGUAAGGUCUCCUGUGUAGCUACUCUAUGCCAGUGGGAGAGAGCUCUCCCACCGACAUAGCUCUGUCCACACAGGCACUUUUGUCUGUGAAACUUAUCCAUUUUCACACCCCUGACUGACAAAAAAUGUGCUGACAAAAGUGUUAGUGGAGACAAAGCCUAAGGCUCCUUUAUGCUGCCAGGGAAUGAGAAUCAGCCCCACAGUACAUGGUGUGUAACUGGUGUGCUUGGCAGAUGAAUUAAGGAUAGUGUCAGAAUGGAUUUACAGAUUGUUCAAUGAAUGGAUUUUUAUGGGUUUAAAAUCAUGUUAUUUUCACAGUUUUGUGGUCUUUCUUUUUUCCUUCAAUUAGGGAAUAAAAUGUUGCACUAAUUAGGAACUUUUUGAAGCAUGAAACACACAUACUCAAUAGAGAGUCAAUUCUCAGAUUCAGAUAAGUCUGUAUUUAGAUACUUUAAAAAUAUAUAUAAUCAACCCACUUUUAUUUUUUUAAAUGUGUAUCAAAACUAUGCUAAACCAUAUUGGCUAUUCAUUAAUGUAUAUUAGACCUUAAAAAUCAAGAGCAGCAACAAAAUUUUAGGGAUACAAUUGUAAGACAUAGGUACAGCUCAUAAUGAGGGGCAGGGAGGAUCUGCACAACUCCAUGGGAAAUUCAAAGGCAGUAUUUACCCUCCUUAAGUGGCAGAAUGCCCACCGCUCUGCUCCUUUGUGGGGUACACCAUUCUCCCUACAGCACACUGGUUUCCAAACAUGGACUGUUUCUGUGCCUUCCACACAACAGUGGAAAGUUAAUUUU